UGCCAAAAAGGUGCUCAAGUGUGUGGACACGUACCCAGAGGGGAUUUUCAUAUUUCUCAAUUUUUUUUUUAAAUAGUUCAAGUGAUCAGAUAUUGCAUUGUUUUCUUUUUUUUCCAUUUUAAUUAAUUUUUUGUACAAUUUUUUUUAAAUUGAAAUUCAAAUUAAAAACUUUGGCGCGAAAACGCGUGGUUUAGAGACGUGACGUCAUGAUUUUGUAAACAACAAACGCAUUCCCAACAAACGUACUUCUGACAGUUAGUUGACGCAGUGCCGUCGUACUGCCGUUUUUGUAUUAUUCAAGUGUGUUUCUUUUGUGAAAGUUGUUGCAAUGACUGAAUCCUAUUGUAAAGGCCAAUCUGAUAAUCUACCACGGAUAGAUUCCUUCAUGGUGGUCACUUUUUUACAAAAUAAUCCCUGUUUUACUUUGGCAGAAAUUAAAGGGGUAAAAGCUGGUAGUGCUGGAAGAGAGCAGUACGGAGAUGCUGCCAUUAGAUAUGUGCAAUUAAAAAGGAACUGUUCAAAAUGCAUAUCAAAAUGCAAAAUUUGUCCGGAGUAUAAGUUACGAAAUAAACAAUAUAGCGUAGAACUUGUCGUCGAUGAGGAGCUGGAGACUAUGGAGAGUGUACAAUGCAUGGACUGUGCAGCCUCAGCAGGGAGCUGCAAGCAUGCCAUUGCUUUUUUAAUGUGGCUCCAUCGAAGAAGCGAAGAACCUGCCUCAACGUCUGUUACGAACUAUUGGAAGAAAUCUUCUCUAUCCAAAGUGGGAGCGAGCCUAAAAUAUGUGAAGACGAACAACUUUAGGUCAAAAAAACAUGAAAUCGAAAAUGUACCGUCACAGUUUUUCGCAACGUUUUGUGCCAAGAGAAAUUUUUUUCAACACUAA